AAUGUUGAAGGUAACAACAAACUAAGAAUUCUUCAUACUAAUACAACAAAUGUAGUUAAUUUUGUUCAAUUCAUGUAAUAAAAUGGCCAAAUUUUACGUUGAAGUGAUAAUAUUGAAGGUGAUCAUAGGAUCAAUACUUUUGUCAAACCCUAUUGAGUCUUUAUGCUCAGAGAAACUGAAGCCUUGUAUUGAAUCCAUUGUCUCUUUUAACAAUAAUCAAUCUCAGAUAUCAAUCAUCGAAACCGGUUUCAAUGAAGGUCUUGCCUUGCAAAUGGAGGCGAAUCUACUUGAUCAGUGCUGCGGCCGUUUCACCGUAGAAACAAUCAGCAGGGAUAAACAGUGUUUUUGUAGCAGCAUCUCCUCCAUUCAAGAACAUCGGUUAUCUAAUAAUAUAACCAUUCUAUUGUCUGAGUGCAGUACUAGUGAUGGUAUGCUUUUGUUCUAUGAUGACGACCUUUGCCAAGACAUUCAAGCACCAUCAUCGGCUCCGGUAUUUCCUCUGCCAAGUUACGUCUUAUCUCAUACACAACUCUCACCUACAUCUACACCUACACCUAUACCAACACCUGCAAGGAACAAAAAAAUAAUUAUUGCCAUCAUUGUUCCAACAGUCACUUUAGUGGUGCUAAUAGCCUUGUGCAUAGGCUUUUUUUCCAUGAAACGGAAGGAGAAACCUAAUGUUGCACAAUCACAUCAUCAAAGUGUAACUGAUGAUUUGAUCACAGUCGAGUCCUUGCAAUACGAACUAAGCGUACUCCGAACCGCCACCGUCGAUUUUUCGCCUGAUCACAAAAUAGGUGAAGGGGGAUUUGGAGGUGUUUACAAGGGUACCUUUCGAAAUGGGCAAGAGAUAGCAGUCAAGAGGCUAUCAAAGGGCUCAGGGCAAGGUGAUAAAGAAUUUAAAAACGAAAUUGUAUUGGUAGCAAAGCUUCAACAUCGAAAUCUUGUUAGGCUGCUUGGAUUCUGCUUCGACAAGGAGGAGAAGUUGCUUGUUUAUGAAUUUGUACCAAACAAAAGCCUCGAUUACUUCUUGUUUGAUCCUACAAAGCAAGCAUGUUUAAAUUGGUCAAUGCGUUACAACGUUAUCAAAGGCAUUGCUCGAGGAUUACUAUAUCUUCAUGAAGAUUCAAGGUUGAGAAUUAUACACCGAGAUCUUAAAGCAGCUAAUGUUUUGUUGGAUGAAGAGAUGAACCCAAAAAUUUCAGACUUUGGUUUGGCAAGGAUCUUUGAAAUUGAACAUGCCCAAAAGAAGACAAGCAGAAUUGUUGGGACUUACGGAUAUAUGGCUCCGGAGUAUGCAAUGCAUGGACAAUUUUCGACAAAAUCAGAUGUAUACAGUUUUGGUGUGAUAAUAUUGGAGAUUGUGAGUGGGAAAAGGAUAAGUGGCUCCAAUCAAUCCAACUUCGGUGACAACCUUCUCGGAUGUGCAUGGAGACUUUGGAGUGAGGGAAGACCACUGGAAUUUAUGGAUCCAACAUUAAGCGAUUCCUACUCAAACACAGAAGUUACACUAUGUGUUCAAAUUGGAUUAUUUUGCGUUCAAGAUGAUAUGAGGAAGAGACCAACCAUGCCAAGCAUAAUCCAUAUGCUCCAAGCUGAUUCUACCGUUUCUUCUUCAAAUCCUGACCGUCCGUCGUUCUGGCAUGACCUUGAUACGAGUCAAACAACAUCAACUAACAACAUUGGUUCAAUACCGACGUCUCGAUCACAAUGAGGCAUCUACCACUGAGCUACAUCCUAGGUAGCGCGUGCCAAGCACAUUUGAUGAAAGUGUAUACUUUUAAGUUCCUAUUUAGAAAAUCAAUUUAGAGAGUGAGUUUGAUUGGGUGCAAAGGAACCCAAAUUUUCUGUAUUCCUCUUUGAUUUUGUAUCUUUACAAUUCUAACACUCUAAUUUGCCCUAAUGGAAACAAUGCUCUAUAUAUACAAA